UGUGAUUUUGUCUACAUCCUGUACUCACACCCGCUCUACAUAAAACUUUAUCUUUCACAGCGUUCUCUAUUCUCUAUCGUUCCCUCGCUAUAAUAUUGAUUCGUUUGGAGAUUAAGAUUAUAAAAAGUAAGAAAAAUAUACUAGCUUAUAUUGUAGUGAAAAAUAAAAAAAAAAGUAAAUAAUAAUAACAUUAAUAAUGACGCCGGAGGGAUAUACGCGAGUGUACGUCGGCGGUCUGAAUGACACGAUCAAAAAGGAAGAUUUACAAACAGAGUUUGAAAAAUUUGGGAAAUUGAAUAAAGUAUGGGUGGCAUUUAAUCCGCCAGGUUUUGCAUUUAUUGAGUUUUUGAGAGUCGACGAGGCUGAGUUAGCUUGCAACAGCAUGAACGGUUCUGAAAUAAUGGGAGCCAAGUUGAGAGUCGAGAUAUCCCGCGGUCCCGGUCGGAGUAGAAGUAGAGGCGGCGGCGGUGGCGGGGGUGGGUUCAGAGGUCAAUCUGGCGGCGGCAGAGGCGGUUUCGGCGGUUCGCGUAGAUCUUACGGCGGAGGUGGCGGCGGUGGUGGUUAUCACCGUGAUAACAACUCGUACGGUAAUCAAGGCGGCAAUACCAAUAGCUAUCAUUCAGGCAGGGCGGGUGGUGGUGGUCCGAAAUACAGCAGAGGACGAUUUGGGGGUGAUAACAAUUACUCUGGUGGAAGAAACAAUACGGGGUACAUGCCCGGCGGAGGUAAUGCUUAUUCCCAACAAGGAUACAACAAUUCGUCUGGCAACGGAGAUGCAACUGUUGACUAUUAUAAUAGAAGAAAUAAGGAUUCCUCAUCAGCCUCCUCUAGAUACCGCAAUCGGUCACCGGCUGGACGCGGCAGUCAUCGUCAUCUUCGUGAAUGCACGUAAUGAGUUUGAAGCUGCGACAGUUCUACGUUACCACUGCAAUAAGAGUGGCUAAUAAUUAUAAAUCAUCUACUUCUUGCUUGUCCCCUCGAUGACUACCACAACCACUAUCACCACCACCACCACCCGUUGUUCUGGCCAAUCUACACAGCUACGUGUAUAUAUAUACAAAAAAAAAAAAAAAAAUAAGAAAACAAAAUUACAGACAUUAUUGUAACAACAUCAAUCUAAUCAAUUAAUUAAGUUAAUCAUAUACAUAAAUUAGUCUUACGGUGAUUAAACUCAUCACAUUUGUGUAUGUUACACUUUUUUAAAAAUCUAUUUUUCAUAUUACGUUUAUUACAUAUUUAAUUAAUUAAUAUCAUCUUAUAAUUCCUCUGGUAGUUGUUUACUUUACAUUUAUCUUUGCCUUUAAGGAAAAAAAAAAUUAAAUUUAGAACACACAUUUUUAAUACGCAAAAGUUAAGAAAAUUUUAUAAUAAAAUCUAAUAAAAAUAAAAAAAAAAAAUUAUCAGUGCUUAUUAGUCAAAAAAAAAAAAAUUACACUAAUGAUUAAUUAAUUACCUCGACGCCUAAAUUAUCUUUAGACAAAAUUACAUAUAUUUUAAAUAAAUUUAUUAUUUUCAAUAGUACAAAACAUUUAUAAUUAAUAAUAGUGAUAGUAAUUAUAAUUUAUAAUUAUUUGAUAGUAGCAAGCAAUGCAGAUCUGCGCUCGGUAUUUUGAAAGAGCGCUCUUACAAGUUGUUUUACUUGACUCGCGGUAAAUUCCCGCGCUAGAGGACCUUUGCCGUCUGCCCAGCGUUGCUCAAUGUCCUUCAACGAGGCCUCCAGUACUUUAAUAAGUUCCAGCAUUUUUUGCCACUUGUUCACGUAACGGUUUACCGAAUUUUCUUCC